AUGGCAACUGGCGAGAUGAAGGAAGCUCUUUUUAUUUUGAAGCAAUCACUUAUGGAUGGAUGCAAGCCAUCGCCAAAGUGUAGAAAGAUAUUGAGGAAAAUCAUCUCGAUUGUGCAAGAAGAUCCGGGCCUUUUGAAUGCUCUUGGGGAAUGGGGAUUUCUAGAGAAGGAGUUUAUCUGUCUACUGGGCAAUCUGGAAUGCAGGGGCGAGCUAUUUGAGAUCGGCAAGCAGAUGCUGGGUGUUCCUUCCAUUGGGCUACCUUGUUCAUUUGUGACCAUUAAAGGGGGGUAUUUCAUGUCAGAGCUGUUGAACAAGCUACUGGAUGAGCCCAAUGGUAUUAUUGAGAUCUGUGAGCAGGCGAUUGGGAAAAACCUAAUGUUUGCUCAAAUGCUUUAUGAUGCGGGAUUUUUUAUCUUGUUGAACUCGAUAGUAUGUGAGGAGACAGCAAGGCUGUAUUCGGUGCUGUUUGCAUAUCGGAUUAGCAAUACACAGAAUGUGUGCCACAGGAAAAGAAGAGACGAUGUGAUGUAUGAGCUAAGACGGAGACAUUUUGAUCCCGAAAUUGUUUUUCAGGAAGACAAUGUAUUUGUGUUCAGGGAUCCACCAUCCAUGCAUAUCAGGGGGCUUAAGCUGCAUCAGGAUGUGUUUGACAGUCUGUAUAACACGUCUUUUUUUGACUUAGUUUCUCUAGGCAUUGAGAAGAGCCUGCAUGUAUUGAACUUCUGUGAUUGGGACUACUCAGCAAUAUAUGGCUCAAAGGAACUGAGGGAGCUGGUUAUUGCAGGGAAUUAUCUUGGAAUUAGAUUGUACAGAAAGACUCUGCAGCAUCUUAGUAGGUUGAGCUCUGCAGUGCUGCACUUGGACAAAAUUGAGGACGCGGAUCUAAUGAUUGAGAUAUGCAAACUACUGGAAAGCAAAGAUAAGUGUGUAGUGAUGGAGUGUGCAUUGAUUAUCUACAACUAUUACGAGCUUUUUGAGUGGAAGAUUGAUAAAAGGCACUUUGGAGAGCUGAGGAUUCGCAAGAUAUUCGGUCUUCUAGAGUUUUGCAGAAGUGACUGUGCAUGCUUACAGCAGUGCAAGCUAGAAAAUGCAAAGGAGAAAUGUAGGGAUAGCUUUAAUGAAGAUAGCAUGAUGUGUGAUAAUGGGCUUAGUCAAGAUGCGAAUGAAUCCUGUUUCUCAGACUGUGACGCCAGGAUGAUUUUGUGUCUUCUUUCAAGAUUGUAUCUUGAUGUUGACAAAAGAUAUUUCUAUAAGCCGUCGUUUCUUGUUUUGAUGCGGGAGUGGGAACGUGUUUUUUGCAGACACAAAUGCUUGCAUAUGCGAUUUCUAACUAUGUACUUCUGCGGCAUGGUUGAGUUUAUUGGAAAGAAUUGCUAUAAUGUUGCACGGAUCCUUUUUCCGUUCAAAAAGGUGCGAAGAAGAAAGGAGAUAUCUGGUGUUAAGCAUUCAAAGGAGAAUGAAGAUACUACACAAGCGAUUGAGCGCGAAGAUGAGUUUGAUUUUGAUGUAUGCUGA